UGGGAAGGGGUUGUUUGGCUGAACAAGAGAGAUAUUUCUCUUUUCUUCCAUAAAACCCAAAACCCUACUUCUCCUGUCAUAUUAUCCUCACCUCUGCUUCUUUUUUCACUUCUUCAACUCACUCCCUUCCCUAUCCUCUUUCAUUUCAUUUCAUGUAAUCAUAGUUGCAAGCUCCAAUCGCGAUGAGAAACACUGAACACUGAGGGUAAUGGAAGACUAUGAUACGCGGAGGGAUAACGGUGGAAAUGGAGUGGUAGUGCCACCUUGCACUUGCUCGGGCGACGACUUUCGUGCGCGUGGCGGUGGAAAAGAAUUAUCGCGAGUUGUUGCUGCUGCUAGAAACGGUUCUUCCGUUUCAAAUUAUGACAUGGCUGUGUCGCGGAACGUUAAGAAAACACAAAAGCGUAAAGGUCUUCAGGAGCUGUUCACAGCCGAUUACAUUGUGAACAGAGUGUUGCAGAAGGAUGGUCCUCCGUUUGGUCAGGAGUUCGACUUUCUUCCUUCUGGACCCAGACACACUUCUGCUUGUCAAGAGGACCAAGGAUCCUCAAAAAGGAGGAAGGGUUCCAAGAGUGCGACAGCACCUGUGAAGAAGCAUGGUAUUGGCAAAGGUCUGAUGACAGUUUGGAGGGCAACAAAUCCUGAUGCUAGAGACCUUCCAACUGGUUUUGGCGUUGAUGGCCAAGAAGUUCCUUUACUUUCAAAUUCUAUAGGACACAAGCUGAUCCAUGAAAACAACAGGUCACGGAAAACAGUAAACAGGAAUGUAAUGACAAAAAAUAAAAUGCAGAAUAAGAGAAAUAAAUCACAGGAUAAGAGGAAAAUUUCCAUGCAAAGAGUGGGGGAACUGAACCUAUGUGUGACUCAGAAUCAGUCACCAAACAAAAGCUGUGGACUAGCUCUUGAUAAUGCAAUAUCAGAGGAGGGAGUUGAUCGAGUUUCAAUGUUAAUUGAUGAUGAAGAGCUAGAGCUGAGGGAGUUACAAGAAGGAACUGAUCUGUUUAGGUGUCCUAAUCAUCUUGCUGCCAGUGGAAUGCUUGUCUGCUCACUUUGUAAAGAUGCGCUAGUGAAGUUUCCACCAGAUACUGUCAAGAUGAAGAAACCUAUCCAUUUGCAACCUUGGGACUCCUCUCCUGAACUUGUCAAGAAAUUAUUUAAGGUUUUCCAUUUCAUUUAUACAUAUGCUAUAAUUGUUGAUAUUUGUCCCUUCACUCUUGACGAGCUUGUUCAAGCUUUUCAUGACAAGGACUCAAUGUUACUUGGCAAGAUUCAUGUCGCCCUUCUCACACUUCUUCUAUCUGACAUUGAAGUGGAGCUUACUAAUGGAUUUUCACCUCAUUUAAAUAAAUCAUGUAACUUUCUUGCAUUGCUUCAUUCGGUUGAAAGUCAGGAAUAUUCCCUGGACUUCUGGAGAAGAUCUCUAAACUCUCUUACUUGGAUUGAAAUACUUCGUCAAGUGCUGGUUGCUUCUGGAUUUGGUUCGAAACAAGGGUCCUUACGGAGAGAUGUCCUUAACAAGGAAUUGAAUCUUCUUGUAAACUAUGGUCUAUGCCCUGGCACUUUGAAGAGUGAGUUGUUUAAUAUCUUGUCAGAGAGAGGAAACACUGGAUGCAAAGUGGCUGAGCUGGCAAAGUCAAUGCAGAUUGUUGAAUUAAACCUUGCCAGCACUACAGAGGAACUUGAGUCUUUAAUAUGUUCUACUCUGUCAAGUGAUAUUACUUUAUUUGAAAAAAUUUCAUCUAGUGCUUACCGAUUGCGAAUGAGCACAGUUAUGAAGGACAGUGAUGAAUCUCAUUCAGAUACGGAGUACUCUGGUAGUGUUGAUGAUGAACUUAAUGACACUGAUACAUGCAGCAGUGCUGAUGAUUAUGAAAAUGAUUCAAUAAAUUCCAGUAUAAGAAAAUUGAAGAGUGUAAACAGUCAUAAAAAUAAUAUGAGGAAAAUGUACAUGGAAAUGGAUGAGAGCCGUUCCGGAGAAGCAUGGUUAUUAGGACUGAUGGAGAUUGAAUAUUCAAACUUAAACAUUGAAGAAAAAUUGAAUGCAUUGGCAGCUUUAACUGAUCUUGUUUCAUCUGGAUCCAGCGUUAGGAUGAAGGAUUUGUCUAAAGUCUCAGCUGAUUGCAAUUCUAGCAUCCAAUUACGAGGGUCUGGAGCUAAAAUAAAGAGAUCAGUAAUAAAGAAACCUGGGUCCCUUUUGAACCAUAAAGGACACUUGAAUUCUGAUCCCUGUACUGUGGACUCCUCAUCAUUAUUCUCUAGAUUCCAUAGUUAUGAAGCUUACUUCCAAAAGGGAAACGGUUCAUCUAUGUCACAUCCCAUUCAAUCAGUGUUUUUGGGAUCUGAUCGUCGGUACAAUAGAUACUGGCUUUUCUUGGGCCCAUGUAAUGUAGAUGAUCCUGGUCACAGAAGGAUAUAUUUUGAAUCUUCUGAAGAUGGUCACUGGGAGGUUAUUGAUACUGUGGAGGCGUUGUGUGCCUUGAUGUCAGUUCUGGACGAUAGAGGAAAACGGGAGGCUCUUCUUAUUGAAUCAUUGGAAAGGAGACAAACAUCACUAUGCAGAUCUAUGGCUAGGAUUAAUGUUAAUAGUAGUACUGGAAUGGGUUCUAUGUCACAUUCUGAUCAGUCUGAACUGGAUAUGGUCACAGAUGACAGUUAUUCUCCUGCAUCUGAUGUAGACAACCUGAACAUGACAGAGACAGCUAAAGACUCUUUUCCUUCAGCUGGGGCUGUGGUAAUUGAAGCUGGAAAGAAAGUAGAGGAUCUGAUUAAAAAAUGGAUCCGUGUUCAAGAAUAUGAUUCUUGGGUUUGGAAUUCUUUUUAUUCAGAUCUCAAUGUCGUAAAAUAUGGUAGAAGGUCUUAUAUGGACUCUCUUGCCAGAUGUAAGAGUUGUCAUGAUCUAUACUGGCGAGACGAGAGACACUGUAAAAUUUGCCAUAUGACAUUUGAGCUUGAUUUUGACCUAGAAGAAAAAUAUGCGAUCCACAUAGCCACUUGCAGGGAGAAAGAAGACAACAACACAUUUCCUAAUCACAAAGUGCUGCCAUCACAGAUUCAAUCUCUGAAAGCUGCAGUUUAUGCUAUUGAGUCUGUUAUGCCUGAGGAUGCCCUGGUUGGUGCCUGGAGGAAAUCUGCUCAUAAACUAUGGGUGAAACGACUCAGACGCACCACAACUUUAGUGGAGCUUUUACAGGUUCUUGAAGAUUUUGUUGGUGCCAUCAAUAAGGACUGGUUGUUUGAAUGCAAAUUUCCGAAUGGUGUGGUUGAAGAAAUCAUUGCAUCUUUUGCAUCUAUGCCCCAUACAUCAUCCGCCCUUGGUCUGUGGUUAGUGAAGCUAGAUGUCAUAAUUGCUCCCUACCUGGACAGAGUCCAUCCUCUGAAAAAGCAGGGAACCUGUCAACAAGGUCCUUGGCGAUAGGUGUGCUUACGUUUGCUCAAUUGCAUUCGUAUAUUGGAAUUGAAAUGAAGAAACUAGUUGUUCCGGUCCUUGACGCCCGGGUGGAUUCAUCUUGUCAAAGAUUCUUGCGCUGCCUUCAAUUGGUUCCUAAUUUUUAGAUUGACUACGAUACAAACAGUUUCGCCAAGGCUUAGCACACGUCAAAAUCCAUGUUUCUUUGCCCUCUUUUUUUUCCCUUAUACAAGCAAUCUUAGUGGUCACAUGUAUAGCUUUAAAUUUUUUUAUAUACAAAAAAAAAUACUAGGUAGCUCUAGUUUUUUGGUGCGUAGUCCCACUCGGUUUCUACAAGGCACCCAUUUUUCUUGCUUAAUCAUGUUUGUGCUCUUCUCGUUUGAGAAAUCAAUUUUGUCUUUGUAUCUUACAGAAUAAUAAUGUCGUACUGGUUGAAAAUAAUUUGUAUUAUGAGAUGAUUACAGAGUUUAAGGCCAUUUAUUAAGUAAAAACGACAUGGGAGUUUCAGUGCAA